UAGAUAUCCCAGAAUCCCGCGCGGGGCCGGUCCUUCCACUUCGGCAGCCAUCGAAGAGCUUCAGCCAUGGCUUUGCGCUACCCCAUGGCCGUGGGCCUCAACAAGGGCCAUAAAGUGACCAAGAACGUGAGCAAGCCGAGGCACAGCCGCCGCCGCGGGCGCCUCACCAAACACACCAAGUUCGUGCGGGACAUGAUCCGAGAGGUGUGCGGCUUCGCGCCCUACGAGCGGCGCGCCAUGGAGCUGCUCAAGGUGUCCAAGGACAAGCGCGCCCUCAAGUUCAUCAAGAAAAGGGUGGGCACCCACAUCCGGGCCAAGAGGAAGAGAGAGGAGCUGAGCAAUGUGCUGGCUGCCAUGCGCAAGGCGGCUGCCAAGAAGGACUGAGCCUCGCUAACAGCAGAACCCGCAAUCCAGGGCUGCGCAUGUGCGGGGGAUGGAGGCAAGCAGGCGUUGUAUUCUGGAAAUGGUUUUUUUAAUCAUAAUUAAAUAUGUGCAGUCUUGGAA